CCUCCCUCCAAAGUGGCAAAACCUAAUAAAACUCAUCAGAUCUCUCUCUCGGAUUCCUCUAUUUUUAGGAAGAGUUAAAAAAAAAAACUGCCAUUCUUUUCUUGUAGUACUGUAAAUCCUUCCAUUUCUCAAAGGAUUUGUCCCCUUCCAAUGUCCGCUUCCACGGUUUCCAUCACCGGUAAUCCUUCCACGGCGACUCGCCGGCGCCACGUCGAGAAGAAAUCCGCCGAUGUCAUCGACUUCUCCUCCGACCCGAACAACAAUUUCACCGGCGCCGCUUCGCCUGCUGCGGAUAAAAUAACUGUUGGUGGUGACGCUUCAAUUCGAACGGAAGGACCGGUGUCUUCAAGAGAUGCCGUCGUUCAGGCUCGCAAGCCGUUGCCUGGUAGCACGACAACUGCACGCCGGACAACGGCGGCGGCGGCGGCGACGACGACUCGAAAGCCGACCUCGAAGGUUUUAAAACCGUUGUGGAUGACUGUAAUUAGUGUUCUCUCGAAGAACUUGUUGCUUCUCUUGGUACUGUUAGGGCUUGUUCAGAUUGUGAGGCAAUUGAUGCUUAAAAAUGGCGCCACUCCGGCUGUUGAUUUGGUUCCGGGAGAUUACAAAGGGAACAUGGAGAAGGUGGAAGAGUUCAUGAGGUCAACGGCUAAGUCGAUGAAGAUGAUGCAGGUGCAAGUGGAUGUUCUGGAUCGGAAAAUUGGGGAUGAGAUUGGCAGUGUUAAGAGGGAUGUUGGUGAGCAAAUUGAGGCCAAAAGCCUGCAAUUAGAGGCGAAAUUGAAAGAACUGGACGGCAGAACUCUCAACUUUGAGAGUUUUAUGGGUGAUUUGAGAGCAAGAAUGGGCGAAUGGUUAUCCAAGGAGGAACUCAAUGAGUUUAUUGAGGAGCUUAAGAAGACUAAUAAAAAUGGGGAUGCUGUAACUUUAGAUGAGGUUAGGGCUUUUGCGAGAGGGGUAGUUGAAAGGGAGAUAGAGAAGCACGCUGCAGAUGGGAUUGGACGAGUAGACUAUGCUUUGGGCACAGUGGGGGGUUUGGUUUUGAGGCACUCAGAGACCUGGGCUGGAGCGAGUGGGUGGUUAUCACCUCUCAGCAAAGUGCAUCCUGAUGCUCAGAAGAUGUUGAUACCGAGUUUUGGCGAACCUGGUCAAUGUUUCCCCCUUAAAGGGAGCAAUGGAUUUGUGCAGAUUAAGCUCAGGGCUCCAAUUAUUCCUGAAGGUGUAACACUGGAACAUGUUGCCGCGAGUGUUGCUUAUGAUAGGUCCAGUGCCCCAAAGGAUUGUCGGGUCUCUGGCUGGCUGGAAAAUGGUGUCACUUCUGAAUCUGCACUAACCGGUGAAAGGAUGGUGCUUCUAACAGAGUUUACGUAUGAUCUUGAAAAGCACAACACACAAACAUUUGAUGUGGUAGACUCUGCACAUUCCAGUAUCAUCAACUUGAUCAGGUUUGAAUUCGCAUCCAAUCACGGGAACCCUAAUCAUACAUGCAUAUACCGGUUACGGGUACAUGGUCGCGAACCUCAUUCAGUCUUAAUGUCUAAAAUGCAACCUUGAUUGACCUUCAGCUCGUUGCUCGCUGUUCCGGUUUCUUUCUUUUUUGCGUUUUAGUAUUUCCAUGUCCAUUGAACCGUUUAGUUUCCAGUGUGUGCUGUAGGAGAGUUCUGUAUUUUGGGUUGUAGAUGAGGCAGUUAGAUUUCCAUGGAGGAUGACAUUUUCUCCUGUGCGAUGUAACUAGAUCACUUGAAGUUUGUAUUUUGUAAAUGUGUUCUUAGUUCAAGCCCUUCCCUCAUCUACGCAUUUUAUUUUAAAUGCUAUUUAUUAAUCGUUCCUAAAUAAAUACAGUUGCGAAUUUUUAUGUAAAAACAAAAAAAAAAUCCUUACCUUUCAAAGGAUAGUCCAUUUAAUUCAAUAAAGAGAGUUC